AUGUUUCAAAGAGGAGGGGAAGAGAUAGGUUGGACAGAUGAGAGAGAGAGAAAGACAAGUGAUAGAAAGACAAAGUCACAGAAUCAGAGAGCUCUCCUGUCAUUUCUAACCAUAUCAAAACAUAGAAGUGUGACAUUUCAUUGGCUUUUAAAGUUAAUCAGUUUGAGCAAAGAAACUACUAGAAAAGAUCCGAACCACAGAGGAUCUGAAACGACAGUCCUGGAUUUGGACCUGGAAGACCGUCGGAUCAUGGAGAAUGGCAAAAUAGAGGGUACAGGUAAUGACAUAGAUGCCAUAGACCUUCAGUUGCAGGCGAUGUGGGUGGAGCUAAAAUUUGGAGUUGGAAGUGUGGUUGAAGAUUUUGCCACCCUACGGCAAACCUACAGCCGACUGGAGGAGAAAGUCUCUACCUAUCAACAAGAAGCUAAUGAAAAGAUCCUGUCUCUCAGAAACACACUUAACACAUUACAGGUUCUAACAGUUAUAUUAUGCUCAAGGGGGGAGGGAUCAGUGGAUGGCCACGCCUCUCUAAACAGCCAAACAGAACUCAGUCUCAUUCAGCAUUACACAAGCAGCCUAUCAGCUAAUCAGAACUCUUGUCCUGAGCAUGACGGUCAAAAGAAGUCUCCAGUGUGGAGGGAGAGAAAAAACAGCCGAGAUUUGAAAGAACAAAAUAUCUCAACUAUAACUCAGAGGCAGACUGCAGCACUGGAGCUGUUGGAGUCUGAGAGAGCGUAUGUGUCGUAUCUCUCACUCCUGUUAAAGGCCAACAUCAGUUUUAAUGGCUCGGAAAACAUCGACCUCAAAGACAAACGGCCUUUCCCUCCCUCUCUACGCUUCUUGAUUCAGCAGCAUCUGGAACUCCUUCACCUCCUUCAGGAGAGAGUUCUUAAGAGCCACUGGCAAGGAAUCAUGGGAGAUGUAUUUCUAAGGCUCACUAGCAAAGACAGUGAUUUUUUGGAUCAUUAUGUAUCAUACCUACGGGACCUGCCAGAAUGUUUGACAGUUGUUAGUCUGUUCUCCUCUUCAAAAUCAGCCAGCUUACUGGAGAGUGACAUCACAGGGGAUGAGACACGUCCAUCUCUGCAUUCUCUGCUUCUACGACCUGUCCAACGUAUCCCAGAAUACCACACUCUCCUCCAGAGUCUUCUGCAGCAGACAGAGUCAGAGCAUCCAGACUAUUACCUGUUACUGGUGUCUGUGCAACAACUCCGAUCUUUCAUGACCCAGUACAGCCAUCUGCUACAGCACAACCAGGAGCUCCUCACACACAGUCAUGCCCUGCGAGAACACACACACAACCUGUGCACACACCAGCAGGAGCGGCCCUCACACACCCAAAAAGAGCUUAGCAGGUCUACAGUGAGACAGCUGUAUAAAGUCGACUAUGAGAAAAAUUACAGCAACACCAGCACACAAAAUGAUCCCUCUCGAUGUAACAAACGCUACCCUGACUAUGAAACGGCACCCUAUCACUACGACCCAGAAAUCCCAUCCCCUGUCUCCUUACUGUCUGACUCUGACUCUCGCCACAAAGCCAUCUCAGUUCCUCUGCGCAGCAUUCCAGAGACGGAGGGAACGGGAUCUGUCCUCUCUGAUGCUCUGAGUGCGCUCUUUCCCUACGGAGCCGGAGGCUCUCGCUGCUCAAGCCCGUCUCAUUCCUCUGACUCCAGCAUUGAUAUUGCCUUUGUGCGUUGUAGUUCUUCUCAUAGUCCACCUCGACAGUCCCACAGUAGAGGGCGAAGAGCUGGGGGUGUGGUUUAUAGGUCCAACAGAGCCUGUGUGUCACCUGACUCAGCAGAUAUUGUGAGACCACACCCUCUACAGGCAGUGCAGAGAAAGAGCAAAUCACUGAAUGGCCUGCAGAUGGACAUUCUGGCAACCACCCACAAAACCUUACAAUUGUCCCUAAAAGCUGAAAAUUAA